AUGGUCAAGCUUGAGGAGUUUGAGGACGAGCACUUCAGCACGGAGAGGCCCACUGGCACCAAGAAUGAUGCUCUUCUAGUCUCUGAUGAUGAGGACUACAGCGACACCGAAUCUGAAAUCUCCAAUGACUCCGACGUCGAACUCGAGGGCGAGUCAAUCUUCGACCGCGUCUCCGCCCUGAAAGACAUGAUCCCGCCCUCCACCCGCCGAACCGUCUCUAGCUCUGUCUCCUCGCUCACCUCCUUCACCAAGGCCGGUCUGUCCUUCAGCGGCAAGGCUCUCUGGAUUAUCAGCACCAGUGCUUUCCUGAUCGGUGUGCCUUGGGCACUGGCUUAUGCCGAGGAGGAGCAGUAUAUCCAGAUGGAGCGGGAGCAGGGCAUGAUCCGUGGUGCCAAUGAGAUGCUCACCCCUGGCGCCGAGCCGGAGAAGAAGGAGGCCGAAGCCACUCUGUAA